AUGUCUACUGGUGAGAAUUACUUUCCAAUCAAGAUCGAAAAAGCCUUGAAUGAUCCAACCCUUUUGUUAAAUCAUACAUGUUUGAGAGUCAAGGAUCCAGCAAGGACCGUUGAGUUUUACACCAAGUACUUCGGUAUGAAGUUAUUAAGUAGAAAGGACUUCAAAGAAGCUAAAUUUAGUUUAUACUUCUUGAGUUUCCCAAAGGACGACAUAUCUAAAAACAAGGACGGAGAGCCUGAUGUUUUCAGUGCACGUGGUAUCUUAGAACUAACUCACAAUUGGGGUACUGAGAAAGAUUCGCACUUCAAGAUCAACAAUGGGAAUGAAGAACCCUAUCGUGGCUUUGGGCAUAUAUGUUUUUCUGUAUUUGAUAUCAAUAAGACUUGCGAAGAAUUAGAGUCUAAAGGUGUCGAGUUCAAGAAGAGACUUUCUGAUGGAAGACAGAAGGACAUUGCGUUCGCUUUGGACCCUGAUGGAUACUGGAUUGAGUUGAUCACGUAUUCCAGAAAAGGCCAGGAAUACCCAAAGAGCUCAGUUGGCAACAAGUUCAACCAUACCAUGAUCCGUGUCAAGAACCCAACUCAAUCCUUAGAAUUCUACCAGAAUGUGUUGGGCAUGAAGUUGUUGAGAACAAGUGAGCACGAAAAUGCCAAAUUUACAUUAUACUUUCUAGGUUAUGGCGUUCCAAAAACAGACAGUGUCUUCUCAUGUGAAAGCGUCCUAGAAUUAACUCACAACUGGGGAACGGAGGAUGAUUCAAACUUUCAGUACCAUAACGGUAACUCGGAGCCCCAAGGUUAUGGUCACAUUUGCAUAAGUUGUGAUGAUGCUGGUGCUCUUUGUAAAGAAAUUGAAACCAAAUAUGGUGAUAAAAUCCAAUGGUCUCCUAAAUUCAACCAUGGUAAAAUGAAGAAUAUUGCCUUUUUAAAGGAUCCUGACGGGUAUUCUAUCGAAGUUGUUCCACACGGUUUGGUUGUUUGA